UUCAGAUUAUUACUACCAGAAAAAUCAGGUGAAAACAAAGGUAGUCUCAUGGGAUCCUCCGGAGGUAAGCGUUGGAUGCCUUUGCUUGUAUGUCAAUAUAAGAUCGAGUUGAGGGGAACUGUGUCUUUAUCAUCAUUCACCAGAGAAUAGAUUUGAGAGCCACCAAAGAACAGCCGACAUGGCGGACAUAAACAUCGCUGGUGUGGUAUCCAUUGUAGUGUUUUAUCUGUUAAUCCUUCUUGUUGGCUUGUGGGCGGCUCGCCGGCGGAAGGAAGGCGAAGAAGAAGCCAUGCUAGCCGGCAGAAGUAUUGGAAUAUUCGUGGGCACAUUCACUAUGACAGCGACGUGGGUGGGUGGAGGAUACAUCAAUGGUACUGCAGAAGUGGUGUUUGACUCUACACAAGGUCUUGUCUGGACGCAGGCUCCUUGGGGGUACGCUUUAAGUUUGGUUAUAGGUGGCUUGGCCUUUGCCAAAAUCAUGCGCAAAAAAGAGUACUUCACAAUGCUAGAUCCAUUCCAAGAAAAGUACGGUCCGCGCAUGGGCGGACUGUUGUACAUUCCUGCUCUGUUGGGUGAAAUAUUUUGGUCUGCAGCUAUACUGGCUGCUCUUGGAGCAACCAUCAGUGUAGUGAUCAGCCUGAAUGAAACUACUUCCGUCAUUGUGUCCGCGUGUAUCGCUAUUUUCUACACUCUGAUUGGUGGACUGUACUCUGUAGCUUACACAGAUGUCAUCCAGCUCAUCUGCAUCUUCGUGGGAUUGUGGCUUAGUAUUCCCUUCGCCAUGACACAUUCAGCAGUGAGCAGUAUUUCAGACACAUCCACUCAGUGGGUGGGUGAAUGGUCCAACACGUAUGUUGGAGUAUGGCUCGACUAUGCCCUAUUACUGACAUUUGGUGGUAUUCCAUGGCAAGUUUACUUUCAGCGAGUGCUGUCAUGUAAAACAGCGGCCAAGGCCCAGGGUCUUUCCUUCGCAGCUUCGUUUGGAUGUCUCUUAAUGGCUAUCCCAGCAGUUCUCAUUGGAGCGAUUGGUCGCUCUGCAGACUGGACCAGAACAGAUUUCUUCGAGCCGUCUGGUAAUGCCACCAAUCAGACGGCGGAGUUUAAAAAGUCACUAGUCCUUCCCAUGGUGCUUCAGUACCUCACACCAACAGCUGUUUCCUUUAUUGGUCUGGGUGCUGUGUCUGCCGCUGUCAUGUCUUCGGCAGACUCCAGUAUCCUGUCCGCCAGCUCCAUGUUUUCUCGAAACGUCUAUAAACUUAUCUUUAGACAAAAGGCCUCCGAGAAGGAAGUUGUGUGGGUGAUGCGUAUAGCCAUAUUUGGAGUUGGCGCGGCCGCUACAGCCAUGGCUCUAGCAGUGGGCUCUAUCUACUCCUUAUGGGCCUUGUGCAGUGACUUGGUGUAUGUGAUCCUAUUUCCGCAGCUAUGCUGUGUCAUCUAUUUUGAUGGCACCAACACCUACGGCUCCUUCAUGGGUUACGUACUGGGCAUGGUGCUGCGCAUUGGGGGAGGGGAAGAUAAAAUUGGUAUUCCACCGUUCAUAAAGUACCCGUAUUAUAAUGACUUGGAUGGCCAGUUGUUUCCUUUCCGUACCUUAGCUAUGGUCGUUUCAUUUGUUACAAUUGUUGUGGUGUCGUAUUUGCUGAAGUUUUUGUUUGAGAGAGAAAUUGUACCACUGAAGUUUGAUUUUCUUCGUUGCUUUAGGCGAUACGAUUUAGAAAAACAAACAGGUGCCGAGAAAUACGCCAUGGAGGAAAGCAGGGCGUAUUGACCUUUGAUCAUCUACGACAUUUUGAAAAUAUGAGUCUGUUGCAAGACUUCCAGACAUUUUAUUUUUGACCACUCGAUUCAACGGCCUGAAGCUAAUAAGUGAUCAAGUUUUCACAGAUCAAAACCCGUCAGUUACACCAAACCUACAGUGACAACGAAUCAUUGUUAAGAGCAGAACGAAAAUAAGUAACAAUUUUCGAGUGCCAGGAAAUAAGGAUAUUUAAAUCGUGGUAGGUUUUGCGUACUAUCUUAUAGAGUGAUCAGUAACGUGAGAUUUUUCUUCGGCUAAUCACAAACUUUUGUAUGAAUGUAACGAAAGCUUUACUGCCGAAUGUAAAAUGAAAUGAAAAUCUUCAGAAGUGUAACAACGUAAAUGUCAGUUUUUGGCUUCGAUACAAAAAGUCUUGCUAUGAACCGAGACGACUUAGUGGUCGAUAAGAUUGGAAAUCAAACCUAUCUCUGAGGUAUGCGUGACAUAUGCUUCCUGCCCUCGGCGUGUUGACGUAAUCGUCACGUUGUGUUCUUUGACUGUGACCCUCCGUUGGUUCGGGUGUUUGGCAACACUGAAAUUGAAACUAGACACUUUUAACACAUUAUCUACAAAUAAAACGACUUUAUCAUUUGAA